GGACCCCUCUCCGCCAUCGGGGCUGUCCCUCUCACCGCCUGCGGGGCCGCGGCGGCCCCGCCCGGCUCCCCGCUCGGGGAUGCGGCGUCUUCCGCCGCCCCCGGCUCUGCGCCCCGGGCGGCGGCGCCUCUCGCAGGCCGGGCGGCGGCGCGGUGCGGCGGGCGGGGGAGGCGGCGGGCGGGGCGGCCCCGGCUGGCUGGGGUCCUGCGCGGCGGCGGCGGCGGGGCGGGCGGAUCGGUGUCUCCUUCACUUCGCCCUCCACUGCCAGCGGCUGCAGCAGCGCGGCCUCCUCACGGCGAGACCCGCCCGCGGCCCCGGCCCCGCUCCGCCGCCCUCCCGCGCUAGCCAGCUCCAAUGGCGAUUCCUCCCUCAUAUGUAGACCUUGGCAAGUCUGCCAGAGAUAUCUUCAAUAAAGGAUAUGGUUUUGGGUUGGUGAAACUGGAUGUGAAAACAAAAUCUGCAAGCGGAGUGGAAUUCACAACAUCUGGUUCAUCAAACACAGACACUGGAAAAGUGAAUGGGAGCUUGGAGACCAAAUACAAGUGGGCUGAGUAUGGGUUGACUUUCACAGAAAAAUGGAACACAGAUAACACUCUGGGAACAGAAAUUGCAAUUGAAGAUCAGAUUGCCAAAGGCUUGAAGUUGACAUUUGAUACAACUUUUUCACCAAAUACAGGAAAGAAAAGUGGUAAAAUUAAGUCAGCUUUUAAACGUGAAUGCCUAAACCUAGGUUGUGAUGUUGACUUUGAUUUUGCUGGACCUGCAAUCCAUGGUUCAGCUGUCUUCGGUUAUGAAGGCUGGCUUGCUGGUUAUCAGAUGACUUUCGAUAGUGCCAAAUCAAAAUUGACAAGAAAUAACUUCUCUGUGGGUUACAAGACUGGAGACUUCCAACUGCACACUAAUGUCAAUGAUGGUUCAGAAUUUGGUGGGUCAAUUUACCAGAAAGUGAGUGACAGUCUUGAAACUGCUGUAAAUCUGGCUUGGACAGCAGGUAGCAACAGCACUCGCUUUGGCAUUGCAGCUAAAUACAAGUUGGAUUCCACUGCUUCUAUCUCUGCAAAAGUGAACAAUUCUAGUCUAGUUGGAGUGGGUUACACCCAGACCCUGAGGCCAGGUGUGAAGCUUACACUCUCUGCCCUGAUAGAUGGAAAGAGCAUCAAUGCUGGUGGCCAUAAACUUGGUCUUGGCCUGGAAUUGGAAGCUUAAAAAGGUGAAGAAACUGCUGCAGAGAAGGGAUAUCAGAAGAAUUUGGCCUUAAAAUGUAUUUCCAAUGUGACCAGCAGGCUUUUUUUUUUUUUUUUUUUUUUUCUCCCAAGAAGGAAGACCUAGAACAAGAGCUGUAUUUGAAGUAUUUAGACAGUUACUUGUUAGCUGGUUUCUAGUUAAAUUGGUUACCCAUCUAGUUAAAAUUCUGCAUUAGUGCAGUCACUUAAACAUUAUUUAAAUGUAUUUAACUGUUUAAUGCGCUACCCACAAAUAAUGAUAUUGACAUUUAUGAAAACUGUACAAUUGUCUGCAUGUUUGUUUUUAUGUUCCUUUUAACAUUUGAUAUUGCCAUUGAAUGAAAAAUGGAUCAGUGGAUGUUUUGAAAUGAGGUUAAAUCACCUGAAGAAGAAAUACAUUUGGUAUCCCAAGACAAUUAUGAAUAAAACGAGUACACACACAUACUUGUGCCUCAGAUAUUUUAAGAGUUAAGAUAUAAGGGUAGUGCUGAGUUAAGUUUUAACUUUUAAUUUAAAAUAAUCCAAGAAGUAGUGCUCUAUACCUUUGUGCAAUUAAGGACCCCCACCCAUGACAACACUGAAUAUAGAUGGUUUUCAUCGAACAGUUGGAUUCCUCAAGCAAGUUGAAUGUGCUUUUCUGUAGGUAAGAUUUGUCAUGACACAACGGUUUAAUUCCCCGUGUUCCACGGGCAAGAUGUACUGCAGUACUAGUUGGCCUCCUGAUGCAAAGAGUGCAAAGUGAUAUACGUGGCACACUGAGAUAUUUAAGAACUGCUCCCUGAUGCUGUUGCCCAAGGGGUGAAAAACCUCACCACAAACACACCUUUUGCUUAUAUUUGUAUGAAGUGAGACGUAUCUCUGCAACUGAAUGUAACAGUGUAAUGGUAUUACGGCCUGCUUAUCCCAACUGCUGUGAGAGGUUUCUGCUUAAAAUGACUGAAAUAAAGGCUUCAUUUUAAAUGAAGAUGGCAGAAAAUGCAUCCAAUUUUGCUUUCCCUUUGAUGACUACAUCUUGGCAGAUACCCAUUUUAAGUUGAGAAACAUGCAGAAUAAUGGUAAAACUCAUGUUUUUCCAGGAAGGAUUAAGAGACAACAGAAGUAUAAGGGAUAGUUGGUCUGUGAACAUAACAUCCCUUAAGGUUGAAUGUAACUAGCUGUGAAUACUUUUAAUAUGGAAUAUACAUUUAAGAAUGGGGAUUUAUUGAGUUCAGGGGAGUGCCUGGAGCCUAAUUCUUACAGUUUCUCAUAACUGGGAAGAUACUUAGUCUUGCAGUCUGCAGUUCACAGCAGCUUCCUUUAUAGGGCAGGUUUAUGAUCAGGAAGCUUUAUCUCUGGUUUGCAAGCUGUGUUUGGUUCAUGCUGGAUUAAACUUCACCCUGUAGAAGUCCUAGUGAUUUGCUUAAGGUCUUGAGUCAUAUUGCAUUGUUGUCCUCAAAUUCAAAUUCUUGAAUUAAGUACUCUGUUACAAACUGUCUCUGUUUAGGCUUUAGCUGUGGAAAAGCUGAGCCACCUUUGCAGAAGAUAGCAUGGAGCUUAAGCUUCCAGCUCAGGCUCUUGAGCAGGCUUUCUAGUCUGACUAGUUUUGUAACGUGACAGAAGGUUUGGCAGCAUUUGUGCUUGGGACUACCUUUACUACUGUCACUCAAUGCCUUUAUCUGAGGAGCGCUUCCACCACUUGGUGAUGGGAGAGGAAUGUGAGGUGCAAUUCAUUGCUCUCUUACUGCAUGGUAACAUCUGUGAACUGUAUUUUUAGUUUGAAGUGUUUUCAUGUGCUAGACCUCUUAAAGCCAAUGACUGUGCAGCCAAACAUUUGACUUUUAGCGUGGGUUCUCUUUUUAGUAUAACUGUUUUUGCUGCUUCGUAAAGCGUGUCCAGGCUUCUUCUCUUCAACUCUUCAUGCAUAUUAGUAAUAGAAAGCUUUAACCUGUUCAUUUUACUCUGUUCUCAUGUGCAUCGCUUUACUAGUCCUCAUCCUUUAAACCUUAAUUAAUUUGCUAUAAUACUGAUAGGCAACUAGAGAAAUAAAAGGGAUCUGCAGUAGUUAAGACAACUGUGGAAAUGUGAGUUUUCCUAAAAUACUCUGUCAUAAAUCACUACUUUGAGCAUGAAAAGGAAGUUCAGUGACUAUCUCUUGACAUCUCUCAAGUGAGGCUUAUAAAAAUGGCUUUCAAACUUUCAAGUGUGUUAGAGAAGCUACAGUGUAAUUGGAGUUUUGUGGCAAGGAGUGCCAGUAGCUUAAAUAGGUCCAUUUUGUUAGAACAUGUAAAAAGCCUUAAUAAUAGCUUGAAGUGCUAGCCAGCCUUUCCUCAGGUGUCAUUCUGAAUAAAAUAAAAACACUUGGGUUAACCAAUGACCUGAGCAUGGCUGUGCAUCUUGUUUGUGUGAACUGUAGCGUUGCAUUCCUGCCUCGUGCAGUUGAAGUAGGGGCUGUCUGUAUGCAUAUCACAAGGAGAAUUAAUCACGCUUUCAUAAAUAAAAAUCCUUUCACGUGAGAUCAUGGUGCCCUGGACUUUGCAAGUUACUGAGUGACUUGAACAUUUAUGUUCUCAUUGUGCUGUAGAAAUUCUCCAGGUUGUUUCAAUUAACCUUGCACUCUUCAUGUGGUUCAGCUUGGUGUGGUAUGUUCUGAAAUCUGCCUCUUGCACACUGUGGUUUUUCAAACCCAGGAAAUUUGCAACUAUUUUGGAAUGGGCAUGGAAACCACCCCACAGCACUGGGGCACAGGUUUUUUUAUCGCUGGGAUAAAGCUAGGUAGUAAUAGAGUGUGCUUACUGCCCUCUAAUGUCGUGUUCUGGUGUGUGGCUUGUUACUGCAAUAGUCCGUUUCCUGGGCACAAAGAUGCGUUUAAAUCUACAGUGACUGUGCUUGUGUAGGAAGUAGAACCUAGCAAACAGAAGGCAGCCCAUGCAUGGGUGAUUCAGCCCGGCUUACGUCAAAGGUCCUUGUUUCCUUACCGUACCAGUCAGCAAAGAUGAAAGUAAUUCUAUGUAAGGUAAGCCACUAAUGAUGACAAAUGCUGGGUCACACCUGUGGCAUUAGUGUCUUAACGGCAGGUACUAAUGCUUCCUGUGAAAUCCCAAAGAAAAAGCUUGUAUGGUUAUUAUGUGGGGCCCCAUUUGUUGCAAGCGGUUUUGUGUUUGUCAGCCUCCCUUUGCAGUGGAAUAUUUCUCUUCCUGAUCUGGAACAGAAAUAAAAACACUGAUUAUAUCAA